CCACAGUACUUACCUGAUCAUCAUGAUGAAGCUGAUCCUUUCUCUGACUCUCAUCUGGGCGCUCUCCAGCACAGCUGGAGCCCUUCAGUGUCUACGCUGCCAAAAUGAUCAGUGUACAAACCCACCAUCAUUAACAUGUUCUUCAGAGACCAUGUGUACAACAGCUUCGAUUCAAACCCCUUCAUUUGGAGUUACAGUCCCGCAAAUCAUCAAGGCGUGUGCACCAUCCUCCGUGUGUCCAGCUACAGGCUCUCAGGCAUUUUCAUUUAACGCGGGUCUUGUGCAGAUAGUUGCAUCUCUUCAGUGCUGCAACACAGAUAACUGCAACACAGACAAUGUACCUAAGCCUGUUCCUCAGCCAAACAGCCUAAAGUGUUUCACUUGUGACCCCCUCAUUUCUCACUGCAACUCAUCUCAAUUACAAUGUAAGGGAGUGGAGGACCGCUGCUUUAAAUUGAAUGUGACGAAUGGAGGCAAUACUUCUCCAUUCUCUGGCUGUGCAUCUGCAAACCUGUGUGCACUUGGUGCCAACCUGAGUAGCCUACCUCUCUUGCAAGGUUUUGGUAACAUCAGUACACCCUCCUGCUGUGGGACCAGUUUGUGUAAUGCUGUUACAACAACUGCCAGUGACGCCGGCUGUAUGAGUCUGCUGCUGGGAGUCCUCAUCUUUACCCUCCGUUUUUUUGAAGCCUAAUUUUGGGUUUACUUGGCAGUUAGUGGGGCUUUGUGGGACACAAAGGCAGCAAUGAAAUAGACACACAAACACACAUGUACAAACAACAGAGGGGAUACUACCUUUUUCAUGGCUUUAAUUUACUGGGUACAUACUCAAACGAAAUAAUAGCUUUCUUAAUCAAAUCUAAUUGAAUGCUGUAACAUUAUAUUAAAUUUGAGGUUUUGUAGCAAAUUGUACAAUUAUAUUACUCCAUUUUAGAAAAAUACGAAUCUUUGAUAUUAAUGUAAGACUCAAUAUGAGAAGGAUUGUUGACACUCUUUAUUAUUGUUUAACCUUUUUUGUAUCUUAUUAUCAAUUUUAUGGAUCUUGAUCUGCAGUAUUUCCUCUGUCUUUAUCUGUCUUAUAUUUAUCUACUAUGUUGUUAAGCAACAAUACACCAAAACAAAUUCUUUGUAUGUUAACUGACUUACCAAUAAAGCUGCUUUAAUUUAAACAAAAUAUGCUCUGAUAUUGUCACAGUACAGGUGCAGAAUUCAAAUCUAAUUGCCAGUCAGCAGUGUUGGGCAGUAACGCUUUACUCAGUAACUCGUUAGGCCUACUGUGAUUGGUGGAUUAUGUCUCUGCUCAGCAGCGGAUUGGUGGCUGCAGUUCCAGCUGAUGGUAAAUGAUUGGCUAAAUAAACUGGAAAGGCUCGUGAUCAGGGAGGAUAGUGCUGA